AUGGCAUCUUUUGUGACCGUCAGAGGACAGGCCAUUUCGCUAGAGUCUCAAACUGAGUCGCUACUGGCCAACUAUGCACAGUUUGCGCAGACAACUAGCUCAGACCCAACUGGCCAGGAAAAAAGUCUCGAUAGCAGGCUCGAGAAAGUGCUUAUUCAAAGACAAGACAUCGUGGAUGCCUUGCGCAAAAUUUGCGAUGAAACCCCCGGAAUCUCUGCUUCUAAAAUAUUGCAGACGCAACGGCACCAAGAGGUAUUGCAGGAGCACCGGCAGCACUUCCGUAAUUUGCGGUCUUCUGUCCAACAAGAACGCAACCGGUUGAAUCUGCUCUUCAGCGUCAAAAAGGACAUCGCACAGCAAUCCGAGGAAAGUCCUGAUGCGUACAUUCAGGACGAAACACGCCGCAUAGACGAAUCGCACAACGUGGUCGACAGCCUGCUUUCGCAAGCUUGGCAGACGAGAGAUCAAUUCUCGUCUCAAAGAGCCGUCUUGCAAUCUGCAGGUGACAAGAUGAUGAACACUCUGCAGCGUGUUCCGGGCAUCAACCAGGUGAUUGCUAAGAUCAACACGAGAAGGAAGAAAAAUGCCGUAAUUUUAGCCGGCCUAAUUACACUUUGUAUACUAUUUCUAUUUUUCACCUGGUAA